AUGAUCAGCAUUUGUUCAAGGCCCUCUACGUUUAGACUAGCACAACAAUAUCUGUGCAAUAAGUGUGCCUCAAUUUUUUCCACAGUGCCUGAUGAAUUCCAUAGCAAGUGGCAUGAACAUAAUCUCAUUUUUAUCUCCCUUUUCAGUGGGAUCAUGAGACCUGGUUUAAAUGUUAUUUUGGGUCCUACGGGAAGUGGCAAAUCUUCUUUUUUAUAUUUAUUAGAUGGAGUGAUGUUCUCUCUUUCUCUUUCUGUUCUCAUCAAUGGAGCCCUACAGCCACCUAAUUUCAAAUGUCUUUCUGGUUAUGUUGUCCAAGAUGACAUAGUGAUGGGGACUCUGACAGUGAGAGAAAACCUCUGUUUCUCAGCCGCGCUACGUUUGUCCUCCCAAAUCAGUCCAAGAGAGAAAGAGGCAAGAGUGAACCACCUCAUCUCAGAGCUGGCCCUCAACAAAGUCGCUGAUUCAAAGGUGGGUACACAGCUGAUCCGAGGUAUCUCAAGUGGCAAGAGGAAGAGGACCAGCAUUGGGAUGGAGCUGAUCAUAGAUCCCUCUGUGCUGUUUCUGGACGAGCCCACCACUGGUCUGGACGCUAGUACGGCUUAUUCUGUGCUCCUGCUUCUGAAGAGAAUGGCCAGUCAGGGACGCACCAUCGUCAUGUCCAUUCAUCAGCCGCGGUACUCCAUCUACCGGCUCUUCAACAGCCUCACCCUGCUGACCAAUGGCAAGCUAGUCUAUCACGGACCCGCUCAAGAUGCUCUGGACUACUUUGCUAAAAUUGGAUUUGCUUGUGAAGCUCAUAAUAACCCGGCUGAUUUCUUCUUGGAUGUCAUUUAAAUGGAUUUUCAAGACUGUUCAGAUUUCGAGUUUGAAGUGGCUGCCGUCAGCCAGUAGUCUAUUGAGGAUCAGCUGGUGGAGAAGUACAAAAACUGCAGUUAUGCGCGGGGCAUCAAAGCCGAGCUAGAGCGCGUCACCUGGGCCAAAGACAACAACAUCAAAGCCAAGUGUCACACCAUCACCUACAACAGCUCGUUCUUCCACCAGCUCCGCUGGGUGUUGUGGAGAACCUUCUGGAAUCUAAUGCUGAACCCACAGACUUCAGUAGCACAGCUGGCUGUCACGACCCUCAUGGCUGCAAUUGUUGGUGCAAUCUUCUAUGGAGUCAAAGAUGACCAGAGUGGCAUACAAAACAGGUUUGGUGUUUUGUUCUUCAUCACAACGAAUCAGUGUUUCAGCACACUCUCGGCUGCCGAACUCUUCAUCACAGAGCGCAAACUGUUUAUUCAUGAGUACACAAGUGGAUACUACAGAGUGUCUGUCUACUUCCUGUCUAAGAUCCUGUCUGACAUCAUCACUCAGCGCACAGUCCCCACAAUACUCUUCACCUGUGUUGUUUAUUUCAUGAUCGGGUUAAAACCCACAGUGGCAGCGUUCUUCAUCUUCAUGUUGACAGUGAUUCUGGUUUCUUGUGCGGCUGCAUCCAUGACCAUGGCCAUCUCAGCUGACCAAUCAGUGGUGGCCGUGGCCAAUAUCUUCAUGACCAUCAGCUUCAUCUUCAUGAUGAUCUUCUUUGGUCUGCUGGUUAACCUGAAGAGCACCAUGGACUGGCUGUCCUGGUUGAAGUACCUCAGCAUCCCUCGCUAUGGGCUCGAGGCACUGGAGAUAAAUGAGUUUGUGGGGCUGAAGUUUUGUGGAAAUGUCUCUACUGUGAUGAGCAGACCUGCUGCUGACGUCCUCAUAUAUGUAAAAUAUAUGUGCACAGGAGAACAGCAUCUGACCUUCCAAGGCAUCAAUUACUCAUCCUGGGCUUUCUGGCACAACCACAUAGCACUUACAGUCCUGACUUUGAUUUUUCUCAUCAUCGCUUACAUCAAGCUCAGAUUCAUUCAUAAGUUCUCGUAAAUGUUCUGAUUUGUGUUCGCUUUCUGAAUGACCAUACAGUAGCACACACAAUUCUUCUCUAAUACAAUAUCAUUUUGUCCUUUACAGUAAGGAUGUAAGGCCCUUUCUCUUUUUUUCUUAUUCUAUUCAAACAUAUCAUAUUAUAAUGUUAGUAAGAGAUCCUAAAUGAUCAUCUUUUAUAAGGUUAUAUAUCAUGUUACGUUUACUGUAAUGACUCGUUAAUCAAGUUAAAUCUCUCUUUCGUUGUUCUUCCACUCACAGGCCUGGUGCUGAAACCACAGAUAAAAGCUAGUAAACUCUGACUCUGCUGAUAACUACGCCAUAUCCCUUUACUGUACAGAUCUUACAGUGGCUUUGCUAGAGGGCAUUAUAACUGUGAUCAAGUCAAAUAAUCAACACAUAAUGAGUUUGAGUAGAUUUUAUUCUUUUAUUUUGAUUGUUGUAUUAAACUGUAAAUAACAAUCUGCCAA